AACCGAAACCUGUCCAGAACCUGUAUUACUCCAUCCUACCCGCGGGUCCUCUACCCUUUGCCCACCCCUGGACAAAACUAGAACCAAAUUGACCGUUUUCAGACAUUUUCCCUUCUGCACAUUGCAGAAGUUCCGCGUGACUUGCAACAUUUCACCUUGUCGGUUAUACAUUUGCGUCUGGACUCCGUAGUUAUAUACAAGGUCGUUCAUUUCCAUAUCUACAAAAGAUGACAAUGUUACAGAGCUCGCGCUGUAUACUCUCGCCAACGUCUCCGUCUUUAUUCGCCCCUGAUUUGCCAUACACUUCAUUUAUGCCGUCCAAGAGAACAAUUACCUCAAGACGCAGCCCUAGGUUCUCUAAGCUCAAUGUUCUCUCCAAGCAGCACCAACAGUCGUCGAUUGAUAGUGCCAGUCAUAAUAAGGACGGAUCGCCCUCGGCGGAGCAGUUUUUGCAGAACAACUCGAUUGCGGACUUCAUGAGGUUCAAGCAUCACUCCAAUGUUGGUGAACGGCUGGCCGAGCUGCAAACUGCCGUUGUUAGUUACAGGAAGAGGUUCCCUUGGUCAAUCCUUCAGCCCUUUCUGAGGGUUGAUUUGGUGUCGACAAUACACAUUGCUGAUAAAGAGUACGCUUUUCUCAAUUUAAUGAAAAAAUAUCUGGCAGUGAUGCUUAAUUUUGCUUCAGUUACUGAACCUUUGUAAUCCAUGAUGUUUGUUCAGCGGUCUAUGGGGUAGACAUAUCGAGAGAGACUUAGUGCGGCCAUGUACUUUGCAACUCUACAGAGGGAACUUGAGACAUAUGAUUGUGUUCUUUAUGAAAUGGUUGCAAGUAGGGAAAGCUUAGAGAGUAAAGGAAAUCUUGUUGUAAAAAAGAAUCUUAAAAGUCUAAAAAACAGGGGCUUCAAUUUUCUUGGUUUCAUUCAGAGACAGAUGGCUAGAGUUCUUACAGUUGAUUUUCAAUUAGAUUGUCUUGACUACCACUCUAAGAACUGGUACCAUGCGGAUCUUGACUUUGAAACCUUUAAGUUACUUCAGCAACAGAAAGGUGAGAGCUUCUUCACAUUUGCUAGGGAUAUGACAAUUAAAUCUACACAAGCUGUUGUGCAAUCUGCAUCAAUACCAGAUGAUCUUGGACUAUGGAAAUCCCAACUUCUGUGGGCUUCACGUGUGCUACCAAUGCCUCUUAUUGGGGUUUUCAUCAUUUCAGGAGUCUGUUUAGAUAUGGCAAGCCAGGCAUCACAGUAUCCAGAGCUAGAAGCACUGUCUAGGCUUGAUUUUGGUGCUGCAAUAAAACUGUUUCUGGCAAAGCAACUUACAUCUGAGUUCACACAGGCGACGGCUGAUGUGGAGGCGAAAUCUGUCGUAAUAGGCGAGAGAAACAAGGCAGCGACAGAAGCACUUAGAAGGGCGAUCGAUGAUGGGCACAGCAAGAUAGCCAUCCUUUAUGGGGGUGGACACAUGCCAGAUUUGGGGCGUCGACUACGUGCUGAGUUUGAUCUUUCUCCCUCUCAGGUACAGUGGAUAACUGCUUGGUCUAUUGGGGCAAGCAACACAACAAGCAGGAGCUCUUUCCCAUUUCUGAAAACAGUGGCUGAAGUGUUGCGAUGGCCGAUAAAUAGAUAUCAAACACUCGCACUGCUAAUAUUUUCAUCAGUCCUUGCGCUGGAUCUGUUGCUCUGGGAGCUGUUAUUUGGCACCACAGCUAAUUGGAUUACUCGUCUUGCUUUUGACACUUUCCAAUAAGUUCACAAUUCAUGAUGAUAUUGGUUUGUGUAUAGUACAUAAGUUGUAGAAAUGUGCAUAUGUUUUGAGUUGGAAAAUGAUACUCCGUAGGAUAUUAGCAGCAGGACAAGGAAAAUGGUCCAGGAAAAUGCGUCCUUCAGUUCUUGUUUGUUAUUAAAGAAGGCAAUGAUAUAUUUCCAUACUCUUGCCAUGCUUCUAUAGCUAUUCAUUUUAGUUAUUUGCUGAGUUGCUAAUUUCUGUGGUUCUCUGCAUAAGAUCUCUGUAUUCUAAAAAGCGUUGAGAAGGCAUCCAACGCUCGUUAGAACUUAGAACAUUGUUUCUUGCAUAAGACAAACACUUUUUGUUUAGGUAUGUUGAUGUACUUAUUCAGGAUUCAACAUUUUCAUUUAGGUCUGCUGGACGGUUUGCAACUCA